GAAAAACAUCGUAUUUUUAAAGUUUUUGGAACAUUGGAACGGAGGAAAAAUGAAGUUGUACUAAUGGCUCAUAAAUUGUUGACAGUUCAAGAUAUAGGCGGUAGUCUGAAUACAUUAUCAUUAUUAUCUGCAGCAGUUCGUCCUAUGUAUUGCCAGUAUAAAGAAUUAAAAUAAAGCAACAGCAAAUAUUUAUCACAUAAAUGUUAGCACAUGUUUUUAAGUGACUUUCAUUUAUUUGGCUUUAUAUUUUGAAUGUUAAAAAUUACUUUGAUAAGGUUAUUAUUGAAGCAAAACAUGAGUGUAUUCACACAGUACUUAAAUCCUCUCACUGGUCUUGCUACAUGGGAGAAGAAAGAUCAAGAUUAUGAUUAUCAUCAAGAAGUAGCUAGAUCUUCCUUUGCAGACAUGCUACAUGAUUACGAGCGAAAUAACAAAUAUUAUAUUGCCCUCAAAGCUGCUAUUGAGAAAAAGCAUCAAGCGGGUGAAGAGGCUAAUGUGUUGGAUAUAGGUACUGGGACAGGAUUAUUGUCAAUGAUGGCUGCAAGAUGUGGAGCAGACACCAUAACAGCAUGUGAGGGUUUCAUACCAAUGGCCAAUUGUGCUGUAAAAAUAAUAAAGGAGAAUGGUUUUGAGAGUAAAAUUAAAUUGGUUCGUAAACAUUCUACAAAGAUGACAGUUGGAAAAGAUGGUGAUAUGCCAAAACGAGCAAAUAUUUUAGUCACUGAAGUGUUCGAUACAGAACUGAUUGGCGAAGGAGCAUUAUCAACAUUUCGCCAUGCUCACAAAGUUCUUCUCGAGGAAGAUAGUAUAGUUGUGCCACACAGUGGAACAGUGUGGGCACAAGUAGUGGAGAGCUCAAAAGUUUGUAGCUGGAAUCGAGUGAAGCCCAUUAAGGAUGGAGAAAUAUUAGUUGAUGCUCCAGCAGCUAUUCAAGCAUGUUCUGGUGCUGCAGCAGUGCAUGACAUGCAAUUAUCUCGUCUUUCUCGCGACUCUUUUGUGCCUUUACUGCCACCACAGCCUAUUUUUAGGUUUGAUUGGUCCGGCAAAGAGCCCUUAUUGUACAAUGAAAAAGUAUCGAUAUUCACAAAAUCCAUAGCAAGUGGAACCGCGCAUGCAAUUUUUAUGUGGUGGGAUUUGAACAUGGAUACAGAUAAUCAAGUAUUGUUGAGUUGUGCUCCUGUAUGGGAACAUCCAAAUGUACCUGAUGAUAUCAAGAAAGAUAAAUUACGUUUAGAAAAGAUGGCAGAGUCAAUACCUUGGAGGGAUCAUUGGAUGCAGGCUGUCUAUUAUCUUCCGGAAGAAAUACCUAUCAAACGUGAUGUCGAAGUCAAUCUCAUCGGUUACCAUGACGAGUAUUCUUUCUGGUUUAAAUUAUUGGAUAGAUCCAUAGAUAAAAUUCCGGAUUUUCCGAGACCUGUGUGUGAUUGUAAUGCGCAUAUCGCGUACUCACGGACGCGUAUCGGUCAAUUGAACGAUAUGGCUCGUAAUAAAAAGUACAUACAAGCCUUGCGGAAGAAGAUUACUUCCAAUAGCGUCUGUCUCUGUCUCUCGGACGGUUGUUUAUUGGCACUUGCGGUUGCGAGAAUGGGAGCAAAAGUAUUUCUGCUGGAACAAAAUUCUUUGUCGCAGAAAACCAUGAAGAUGUUUGUGCGUACAAAUGGACUCUCCGAGCAGAUAAGAAUUGUCAAGUCGGUCGGUGAUCUACCGGAUGCUAGUGAGAUCAACUUCAUUUUCGGCGAACCAUAUUUCCUGAGCUCUAUCGUGCCAUGGGAGAAUCUGAUAUUCUGGUACCAUACCUCCAAAUACCCAUCGAACAUCACAAGAAUGCCGAUUGCAGCGACGAUCAAGGCCGCCGUCGUCGAGUUCAAAGAUUUACAUAAGAUAAGAGCCCCCGUCGGUAUUUGCGAAGGCUUUGAUUUGUCUUCCUUCGAUAGGCUUGUGCAAAUAUCUAGUGAUAAAAGUGACAAUCCCGUAGAAGCGCAGCCACUUUGGGAAUAUCCCUGCAAGGCGUUAUCUUUAGCCUUUAACAUUGUAGAGCUUGAUCUCACGCGAAAUGUAAAUUUCGAACGCAUUCAAGUAUCUGGCGAGAUUCCGAUUUUAAGCAAUGGCUCCUGCAAUGGCGUUGCUGUAUGGAUAGAUUGGCAAUUAGAUUCAGAUUUGUCAAUAUCUUGUGGUCCAGUUGAAGAAGUGAUACCUGGUAAACGCAUAUCUUGGGAUCCAUAUACAAGACAAGGCGUACAUCUAUUUCAUGGGAUAUCUGAUGUCAGGACAAGAAGAAACACACUUUUAUGGUCGUUCACUUUCGUUCCACAACAUGGUGAAGUGGACUUUAAUUUUAACAUAUUAUAACAAAUAUUUGAUUGUAUUAAUAAAUGUUUAUUUGAUUAUAUUGAGGAAUGCUUGAUGUAUUAAAAAUCAAAUUGAGAAAAUGUAAAAAAUGUUUUUAUGUAAAAAUAUAUCUAGAGAAAUUUCAAGGCAUGAUUAUGUGGUGAAAUAUAUAUAUAAGUAAACA